UAUGGCUACAAGCCCUUCUUCCUCUUCUCCUUUUAUAAACGUUUGCAAUAAAGGACUAAGUAAAAAAGACUUCUAUGGUGUUUAUGAUAUAAUCAAACCACUUUCAGCUGGCUGGAAGCAGAUAGCCAUUUCCUGGCAUCUUGAAAUAGAUACAAUCAACAGGAUAGAAGCUGAUUGUCGUGGAGAUACUAUUGCUUGUCUGCAGAAAGUUGUAGAGUAUUGGUUAAAGAAGGAUUAUGAUUAUGAGCGUUAUGGUAUUCCUUGUUGGAGGAGAGUGUGUGUAGCUGUUAAAGAAGGAGGAGGUGAUCCAGCAUUAGCUGAUGAAAUAGCUCGUGAACAUCCUCUACCAGCUACUACUGGAGGAGCUACUCCUCAUCCUCUACCAGCUACUACAAGUCCUACUGAUGUUGUUCAUAAUGAUGAAAUACCACCUUUAGGAGGAGGCAAUUCAAAUCAUAAUGAAACCUUACAUUUUGCUAAAAGAGGUGUCCCUCCUACUGAUGUUCGAAUUAUGUCACCUGGAAGUGAAAAAUCAAAUAAUUCAAGAGUUUAUGCACCUCAUCCUGAAAUAAAUUUCCCACUAACUAAUAAAAUAUAUGAGCUACAGUAUGAUUUUGCUGAUGUACUACAACUGACAAUAGAAUCCUUUUUGAGUGAGCCAGCACUUCUUCCUAAAGUGAUAGAGUAUCUUAAAAGAUGUGUUCAUGCUCUUUUGGGUCCUAUUAAGAAUGAUAAUCAAGCUGCAGUGCAAGCAGUUAAAGAACAGUUUAGUGACAUUAAAACAAUGACAGAUCUCUUUUCGACCUUACAAGACAAGUACAUAUCAUGGUUUAACUAUGAACUAAUAAUAAAACUAGUCCAUGUGUUUCUAAGUGAAAAUCAUACACUAAAGAGAACUUGGUCAGAAUAUGAAGACAAAUUAAAAGAUUAUUUUAUAAACAGUGGAGGUCUAUUGAAAGAUGCUGAUGCUGUGAAGUUUGGUAUAACAGACGUUCCUCCUGGUACAUGAGUAAUGAU